AUCAAACUUAAUGGGAUUGUAAAAUAGAUGCAGUUCUACUUCAGUAAGAACUGAGAUGAAUCUGAGUCACCUUUUUUUUUCCUUUUUCUUUGAAAAAGAAAAGUUAAAAGGUGGGGGGAGAAUCCACCUAUAAAGCCCCUACCAUGUCCUCCUCCUCUCAUAUCUUAUCAGCUCUAGCUGCCGGCGACCAUGGGUGGUGGCAUAACGAAGCUGCUGUCAUGCUUCCUUAUACUCUACCUCUUCCUCCAAGUAGUGGCAGAAGCAUCCAUUAAUAACUCCAUCGGAUUCCCAGAUAUUCAGGGAAAAGGAGAAGUGGCUGUUCUAGAUGGAAUCAGACGCCUACCGAGGAUCAAUUGCCGCUUUGCAUGCGCAAGGAGAUGCAUGAAAGCAUCAAGAAAGAAUGUGUGCACUAGAGCUUGUGGCACGUGCUGCUUCAGGUGCCAUUGUGUUCCACCGGGUACCUCCGGCAACAAGAACUCAUGCCCCUGCUAUGCCAGUCUUAGGACUCAUGGACACAAGCCCAAGUGCCCAUAGUAUCACAGAGAUAUAUCCCCAAUAAAUAGACCAAGUCCUUUUGGUCUGAUCUAUUAUGGUUGUCAUGUACCUAUGCUUUGGAUGAGAACUGAGAGGAAGUAUGCUUGAUAUUUCCCUAAGGUGGUAAAGAAUAAUUUUUAAACAUAAGAUCAGAGAAUCAGGUUGGUUUUGGGCACACAAGCCAAGGGGAUUGAUUAAGGUGAAGGGUUGAGUUUAUGGUAGCUAUUCUCCUCCAAAAAACACAAAAAGAAAACACAUGUUGUUCCUUAUGACUCCAUCUGAAUAAAUCAUGUCUUGUACAUUCUUGUAUGACUAUAUCUAAAUAAGUUAUAAACUAUUCAAGGGGUCAUAAAUUGUUGAUGA